CUACCCCAGGGGAGAGCCGCACUCUAUAACUCCUGGACGCACACUCAUCAGUCCACGACUCAUCUCAGAGCUCUGAGAGAGGACAGACUCAUCAACCAUGGCACAAACUGGGAUGCUGUUGCUACUCUUGGCUCAUUUUGUCACAUCAGCUCUGCUUAUUGAUAUCAGACAGAUCAGAGUUUACCCCAAACAUGGCAGCGUGUCCGGCGUGUUCCACGCAUCGCUCUCCAGUGGCUAUGCCUUCAACGCAUCUGUAGCCAGAGAUGUGUGUGACCAGCUGGGUGUGGCCAUAGCAGACAAGGCGCAGGUGGAAAAAGCACUCGCACAUGGCUUCGAGACCUGCAGGUUCGGCUGGAUCGAUGAACAAGUCACUGUUAUUCCCAGAAUUCAACCCAAAGACUCCUGUGGUCAAGGCAGAGUUGGGAUUAUUACUUGGCGCAGUGCUCUCAGCUCUCUAUUUGAUGUCUUCUGUUUCAAUUUAACAGAUUAUGAAGCUCACGUGAACACAGUGCACGAAAAUCCGAGCACCACUGUCACGCCUACAGCUCACACAUCUGGAGCUCAUCUGAAACUGGCAAAAACGACUCGUUCAGCAUCUCGGGAUGAUCUGCAGUCCACUUCCUCCAGUCCUCCUGAAUCUGUGGACUCCUCGGCUGGGAAUGACACGCCUGAAUCGCAGGCCUUUAGCUUCACAAGCCCUACCAUUGCAGUUGGCCUGAUUGCUAUGCUCACAACCGUCUUCGCUUUCCUGCUGCUCGCUGUGGCUGCUGUCUGUUACUUCAAAAAGAACAGUGUGGGCCGGUGGAACAAAAGUCAGCAGAAAGAGAACAUAGAGACUGAAAUUUGUGGGAAAACUGGAAAGGAGUCUCAGGCUGAGGUGAAAAACCAACACAAAACAACGUCUAACACAAACGAUGUCAGCGUGACUAUCAAGCCGGAGAGCGAGAACGGAGAGCCGUCUUAACCAGCCAUAACAGUCAGACCAUCGGCCUGAGCUCGACAUCUGCUGGAAAGGCAUCAUGCAAAAGUAUUUAUUUAUUUGUUUAACGGAACAAACAUUUUUCAUAUUCCCUUCUGCUUUGAUGAUUUGUAUGUGGUGUUUUUCCUUUUGUAUUAUUAUUUUCCUUUUACGGUGAUAUUUUAUAUUUGUACAGUAGACCCACGUUUGUGAAUAUGGUUGAGACAGAAAUGUGGUUUUAUUUCUUUUUGAAUAAAUAUGACUUUUUUGGCUGCCAGUGGAGAUACAGUCAACUCCAGAAUUAUUGUCACACUUUAUAAGAAU